CACACCAGGAGGAAGUGUUGACCCUGCUGAACUGUGUCCGAGCUUAGUUGCUGCCAAAGGAAUGACUGAGGAAGAGGUUGUGUCCUGAAGGGGAAAUCUCAGAAGACUAAAAACCCUGUUCUGCCUCAUACAGCUGGUUGUAGUUAGGUAACCACAAUUUAUACUCCAAAACUCUAGUCAAGUCCCAAGGAGAUAAGUUGCAUUUUCUCAAGGAAAAGGCAAAACAUAGCCAGUGGCAUUUACCAUCAUGGAGACAAAGGGUCCUAACAAUCCCCAGGAGGGACCCAUGCCCUCCAACUUUAGAAGGGCUACAAUGGAAAACGGUCAUUCAUUAAUUAAUGCUGUUAAGAAUAAAGAUGUCAAUCAGAUAGAGCAAUUGCUGAAAAUAGGGGCCAGUGUCAAUUUCCAGGAAGAGGAAGGGGGCUGGACACCUUUGCAUAAUGCAGUACAAGGUGGUAGUAAGGACAUUGUAGAACUUCUGCUUGAUCAUGGUGCUGACCCUCAUCAGAGGAAGAAGAAUGGGGCCACCUCCUUCAUCAUAGCUGGGAUUGAGGGAAAUGUGGAGCUGCUCAGACUUUUCCUUUCCAAGGGAGCGGAUGUCAAUGAGUAUGAUUCUAAUGGCUUCACAGCUUUCAUGGAAGCUGCUGAGCAAGGUAAUGCUGAAGCUUUAAAAUUUCUUUAUGAGAGUGGAGCAAAUGUGAAUUUGCAUCGAGAGACAAAGGCUGAUCAAAAGGUACUUGGGAAAGGAGGGGGCACAGCUCUCAUGGAUGCUGCUAAAAAGGGCCACAUCGAUGUCUUGAGAAUUCUCCUGGAAAAGAUGAGGGCAGAAGUCAAUGCCUGUGACAACAUGGGCAGAAGUGCCUUGAUCCAUGGUAUUCAGAGCUCUCCUGAUGAGAAGGUGGAGGAUAUUACCCGCCUUCUGCUGGACCACGGGGCUGAUAUUUGCAUGAGAGGAGAAAGAGAGAAGACACCCCUGAUCUUGGCAGUGGAAAAGAAGCAUGUUGGUUUGGUGCAGAUGCUCCUGGAACAAAAGCAUAUAGAUAUUGAUGCAAAAGAUGACAAAGGCAGAACAGCACUGCUGGUUGCUGUUCAGCUCAAUCUGAAGGUGAUUGUCGAGUUGCUGUGUAAGAAGGGAGCCAACACAGAUUGCGGAGAUCUUGUCUGGAUAGCAAAGCGUAAACAUUAUAACAAUGACCUUGCAAAACUUCUUUGCUCUUAUGGAGCCCAAGACUAUUUCCAACCCCCUACUAAAGAUUGGAAGCCUCUGAGUUCUCGUUGGGGGAAAGACCUGAAAAAACUCUAUAGAAUGUACCAUCGUAAAACUGGCAAACUCAAGAUCUUUAAGGGUGAAGACUACAAAAUUGCCAAAACUUCUAAAGGAGACAUCUACCUGGGGCUCUAUGAGGAGCGAGAAGUGGCAGUGAAGGUAUUCCGUGAGGGGAGUGAACAUGCAGUAAGGGAAAUGGACUGCCUGCAACACAUUCAAGGGCACAGUAACUUGCUGACAUUCUAUGGGAGUGAGAGUGAGGGGGCCUGGUUGUAUGUGUGUGUGGCCCUCUGUGAAGAGUCUCUGGAGGAGCUCUUGGAUAAGCGCAGAGGAGACGCCAUGGAGGAUGAGGAAGAUACAUUUGCCCGAAAUGUCCUAGCAUCUAUAUUUAAGGCUGUUCAAGAACUACACUUGCAUGAAUAUAUUCAUCAGGAUUUGCAGCCAGGAAACAUUUUAAUAGAUUCCAGGAAAGCUGUUCUCUUGGCAGAUUUUGAUCAGAGCAUCAAGUGGACUGGAGAUCCCCAGGAAAUCAAGAGUGAUCUAGAGGCCCUUGGACGGCUGGCCCUGUAUGUAGUAAAGAAAGGAGAGAUUCCUUUUGAGAGGCUGAAGGCUCAAAGUAUUGAACAAGUGCUUCAACUUUCUCCAGAUGAGGAAACUAAGGACCUCAUUCAUCACUUGCUCUGCCCUGGGGAAAAUAUGAGAGACUAUCUGAACAACCUUCUGAGUCAUCCCUUCUUUUGGACUUGGGAGAACCGCUAUAGGACACUUCGGAAUGUAGGAAAUGAAAAUGACAUCAAAGUGAGAAAAUCUGAUAGUGAGAUCCUCAAACUGCUACAACCUGGGUCAUCUGAAUGUUCCAGAAGUUUUGAUAAGUGGAAAGAUAAGAUUGAUGAAAUCCUUAUGGGAAAAAUGGAUGAGUUCUAUAAAAAAAGUGGCAAUUUUUACCAGAACACUGUGGGUGAUCUGCUGAAGUUCAUCCGGAAUAUAGGAGAACAUAUUGAUGAGGAAAAAAAUGAAUGGAUGAAGAAAAUAAUUGGGGAUCCUUCCCAUUAUUUUCAGAAGACAUUUCCAGAUUUGGUGAUCUAUGUCUAUACAAAACUUCAGAACACUGAAUACAAAAAGCACUUUCCCCAAAUCUGCAAUCCAACCAAUCUGCAGUUUGUUCAAGCCAGCAGGUUGGCCAGAUCAGAGUGCUGAGCCUUUCAUGUUCAAGUUGCCACUUAGAGGUUGUGUGGCUCUUGGCAAGUAACAACUCUCUGACCUUUUAUCUGGCCCAUUGCCCAUGAGGGAUGAGCUGGAUAUCUGAUGUGUCAGUUUCUACCACAGUGCACUCCACUCAACUGCUUUAGUCCACAAACUGCUUUAGUUCAUUAUAUUUUAUUAAUUUUAUUUUAGUUAGAGUCUCACUAUGUAGUUCAGGCUGGCCUUGAACUCACUGUAUAGCUCAGGCUGGUCUCAGACUUGUGGCGAUCCUCCUGCCUCAGCCUCCCGAGUACUGGGAUUGCUGGUGUGUGGCACCACACCCAGCUCUGCUUUAGUUCAUUUUAGGGGGUAAAACUUGUGGGCAGGAAGCUGCUCUGAGAUUCUUCCUCUUAAUUCUACCAAAAGAGAAUGUGAAGCCUUCUAAGCCAGUAUGUUUUACUGCAAUUAUCUCAUUUAAUUUUCCCAAUGACCUUGUAAAACAGAAUUUAUUAUCCCCAUUUAAGAACUCAAGGCUCAGACAGUUUGAGCUGCUUGGGCAGGAUCAUACAGCUUGUAUGAAGCACUGUAUAAAUGGAUCCUAGUGUUAUUGUUACCUUUCACUUGGGCACUUGAAAAACUUAAAUUAGCAGCCCAGAGCUCCUUUGAUAAGACUAAGAGCAAUAUGCCAAAGGGGUUCUGGGAGACUCAUUCAUUCAUUCAUUCAGGGUUUAUUCAGGACCAAUGUAAGUCUAAUUACAUUCCUCCUAGAAGCACCUGCACUGGUUUUCCAUGACUUUCAAGGAGAAGUUCUCAACUUGGGGCAACUUAGCUCCUCAGAGCAUGUGGCAAUGUCUGAAGAAGUUUCUGAUGUCACAGUUGAAUAGGGGCAGACCCUGGUGGCAUUUAGUAGGUAGUUAUUCCACAAGGCACUAGACAGCCCCACAACACAAAAUUAUCCAGACCAAAAUACCAGUGGUGCCAGGUUGAGAAAGCCUGUCUUGAGGGGCUGGGACACUUUUGAACUGCUUGGAUCCAGGAGUAUGUGGACCACUCUACAGAGCAGUGACACAAAGUUUUUAUUUAUUUAU